AUGAUGCUGUUUGUAUUCCUGUUCUAUAUCACAUGCAAAACAUAUGCUCUUAAUUGUACUAUACCUGAUGACCCACUUCCUAUACACCAUCAAUUUGCUCAGCCAGGAAAUAUUAUUUUGGGGAUGAUUACCUCUCAAGCCUUUUUCUUUCACAGCAGCCCUUCCUUCACAGAAGACCCCUCUCGGACUUUGAUCAAUGAAGUGAUUUAUGUGCCAAAUGUCUAUCAGCACAUACUUGCUCUGGUGUUUGCUGUCAAGGAGAUCAAUAGUAAUCCUGACCUUUUACCCAACAUCACAUUGGGUUUCCACAUUGUGAACAACUAUUUCCCUGCUAGGAUUACCUAUAAAGCAAUCCUGAGCUUAAUUUCUACACAACAGAAGUUUGUUCCCAACUUUACCUGUGAUCUAAAGAAAAUAUUUAUUGCUGCUAUUGGAGAUCGUUUGACAGAGACCUCAUUCAACAUUGCCACAGUCCUUGCCAACUACAAGAUUCCACAGCUGACCUUUGGAACAUUUUCUCCAAUACAUGAUGAGAAAAAUGCAUUUCCAUCCUUGUACCAAAUGGUCCCAAAUGAAAUGCAUCAAUACAUUGGGAUUAUUCAAUUACUUCAGCAUUUUGGAUGGAAAUGGAUUGGCAUCUUGGCUGUGGAUGAUGAUUAUGGGGACAUGUUUUUGCAGAAAAUUGAACCGUUGCUUUCCCAAAACAGCAUUUGUUAUGCUUUCAUACUUAGAACACCACCAAAGGCAUAUAUAGAUGAAUAUAUACACUUGAUGUCAAUGGAGUUAAGAUAUGAUCAACUCUUUAUGGAUGAUAAAGUCAAAGUGUGUUUAAUCUAUGCCUUAACUCCAGCCAUGCAAAAUCUGAGAAUAAUCAUCCUUGUAGCAUCUUGGACUUCACUGCAACCUUUGGGUAAAGUGUGGAUUAUUACUUCCCAUUGGAAUUUUGAAUCACUGUCUGUUCAGAGACUUUGGGACAUACAGAGUCUCUAUGGUGCCCUAUCAUUUGCAGUUCGCUCAAAAGAGCCCCCUGGAUUCCAAGAAUUUGUUCGCACAGUAAGACCAUAUUGGGUCAAAGAAGAUAAUUUCAUUCAGAAUUUUUGGGAGCAGGCAUUUGAUUGCCCAUUACACAUUUCUAGUAUAAAUGAAGAUAACAAGGUAUUGUGCACUGGGAAUGAGAAGUUAGAGAGUCUGCCGAGUAUAUUAUUUGAAACGAGCAUGAGUGGACACAGCUACAACAUAUACAAUGCAGUCCAUGUUAUGGUGCAUUCUUUGCAUGUCUUACUCAAGUCAGGAUCCAGAUGUAGAAAUGCAAUAGGAGCAGAUCAAGUAAUAUUUCAGGAUUUACAACCAUGGCAGUUUCAUUCUUUCUUGAAAAACAUCGUAUUCAACAAUAAUAUGGGAGACGCCCUUGCAUUUGAUGAAAACAGAGAACUGAUUACAGGUUUUAAUGUUGCAAACUGGAUUACUUUCCACAAUAAUUCCUUUUCUCGAGUCAAAGUUGGAACACUGGAACCUCGGGCUCCACCAGGCAGAGAAUUAACUCUUAGUGAUGAUCAAAUUGUGUGGCACAGAAACUUUAACCAGGUGAGAAUGCUUCCUCUUUCUGUGUGCAAUGACCACUGCUAUCCAGGCUCCAGCAGAAAGAAGAAGGAAGGAGAGAAAUUUUGUUGCUAUGAUUGUGUGCCAUGUUCAGAAGGACAGAUCUCUGAUGAAAUAGGCCGAGAUAUGGAUGCCUGCAUGAAAUGUCCAGAAAAUGAAUAUCCCAACAACAUCCAAAAUCAAUGUAUUCCCAAAGUGUUGACAUAUCUCUCUUAUAAUGAACCUUUAGGAAUCUGCUUUGUUAUAUUAGCUACUGUUUUCGCUUCGAUUACAAUCCUUGUGAUUGGAAUCUUUUGGAGGCAUCGAGAAACUCCAAUUGUCAAAGCCAACAACUGGAGCCUCACUUGUAUCCUCCUCAUCUCCCUUCUUCUUUGCUUCCUCUGCUCCUUCUUCUUUAUGGGAAGACCUGAAAAGAUGACCUGUCUUCUCCGGCAAAUGACUUUUGGCACUAUCUUUGCAGUGGCCCUUUCAUCUGUAUUGGCAAAAACCAUGACUGUGAUUCUGGCAUUUAUGGCAACCAAACCAGGCUCUGGACUGAGGAAAUGGAUAGGAAAAGGACUGUCCAAUUCUAUUGUCCUUUUAGGUUCUUUCAUCCAGGUUGGGAUUUGCACUGUUUGGCUGAGUACCUUUCCUCCUUUCCCAGAUAUAGACUUGCAUUCACUGAAGGAAGAAAUCAUAAUGGAAUGCAAUGAAGGCUCAGUGAUCAUGUUUUACUGUGUCCUGGGUUACAUGGGCUUCCUGGCUAGUGUCAGCUUUAACAUUGCUUUCCAAGCCAGGAAGCUUCCCAGCAGUUUCAAUGAGGCCAAGUUCAUCACCUUCAGCAUGUUGGUCUUUUGCAGCGUUUGGCUGACAUUUGUUCCAACCUACCUAAGCACCAAAGGGAAAUACAUGGUAGCUGUGGAGAUCUUCUCUAUCUUAUGCUCCAGUGCUGGUUUACUGGGGUGUAUAUUUUCCCCCAAAUGCUACAUCAUUAUAUUGAGACCUAAAUUGAACAAGAAGGAAUAUUUAAUAAGGAAAGAAAUGUAA